UGUAACGUUCGAGGGUUGCGUGUCGCGAAAACACAGCAUUGUCUGAAAAUCAAAUCAUAUGUACAAAAAGGCAAACCCCUUUUCUUUUUGAAACGUAUUCAGGCUCUGCCCCUUUCCAUUUCUCUGCUUUAACUCCCAUCACCAUUCCACCCCCUCAUUUUCCUUCACUCUCCCGAGAAAAAAUCCUAAGCAGAGAUGCUGUCCAGAGCAAACGGCAUCCUGUGGAUGGAUGAGAGAGAGGACCAAGACUCUCCUUCCUGGGCUAGAACCAACAAUGAUACGAUUACGAACACCAACAACAAUUGUGGUGUGGUGGAGAACAACAAGGACGAGAUGGGUUCGCUCUCAACCUUCAAAUCCAUGCUGGAAAUCGAAGACGAGUGGUAUAGUAUGGCAAAUAAUACCAUCCAAAACCACACUGAUAUCAGAGACUUAACUUUCUCUCCCAACCUGGCUGACCAGCCAGAAAGCCUUUUGCUGAACCCAGUGGACUCGUCCUCUUCCUGUUCCCCAUCUUCCACUGUUUUCGCCAACCUGGACCCGUCUCAGGUACACUACUUUUUGCCUCCCAAACCCACCUUGUCUUCGCUCAUCAACGGCCUCCCUAGCAACCCUUUAGAGCACGGAUUCGAUUUGGGGUGCGAGGUGGGCUUUCUUGAAGCCCAAGCUUCCAAUGCUUCCUCUUUGCUGAACAGAGGAGGUGGGGUUUUGAGCAACUUCACUGACUUGAGCUCGAAUUCUCAGAUGAACACUCCGAAUUUAUGUUCGGAUCCCCAAUUCCCGACCACCCGCCUGCUCAAUAUGCCCGAAACGGGUCCCGGGUUUGUUGGGUUUAAGGGUUUCGAUGAGGGUUCUGGGAAUGCUCUGUUCAUGAACAGGUCUAAGCUUCUGAGACCCCUCGACUCUUUCCCUUCAAUUGGCGCGCAGCCCACUCUUUUUCAAAAGAGAGCGGCUCUGAGGAAAAAUUUAGCCGAUAGUGGGGGCAAUUUGGCGAUUACGAAUGGCGUUGAAGGGGACAAGGGGAAGAGGGAAAUGGGGGAAGAGAAUGAGAGGAAGAGGAAAUUGUGCAGUGUGGAUGAUGUGGAAGAUUUAAGCUUUGAUGGGUCGGGUUUGAAUUACGAUUCGGAUGAUUUCACCGAGAACGAUAAGGCGGAAGCGAGUGCCAAGAACAAUGGUGGAAAUAGCUCCAAUGCGAUUAGUAAUGUUACCGGUGGUGGAGGAGAGCAGAAGGGGAAGAAGAAGGGGCUGCCUGCUAAAAAUUUGAUGGCUGAGAGGCGCCGCCGGAAGAAGCUCAAUGAUAGGCUCUACAUGCUGAGGUCCGUGGUUCCGAAGAUUAGCAAAAUGGAUAGGGCUUCAAUCCUUGGGGAUGCCAUUGAGUACUUGAAGGAACUUCUGCAGAGGAUCAAUGACCUCCAUAAUGAAUUGGAGUCAACCCCUCCUGGCUCUUCAUUGACGCCUACCACAAGCUUCCACCCUUUGACACCCACUCCACCUACACUACCCAGCCGUAUCAAGGAUGAGCUUUGCCCGAGCUCAUUGCCCAGCCCAAAUGGCCAAGCUGCAAGGGUGGAAGUUAGGGUCCGAGAGGGAAGAGCUGUAAACAUCCACAUGUUUUGUGGCCGCAGACCUGGUCUCUUGCUGUCCACCAUGAGGGCUCUGGAUAAUCUUGGGUUAGACAUCCAACAAGCUGUGAUAAGCUGUUUCAAUGGUUUUGCUAUGGAUAUAUUUCGAGCUGAGCAAUGCAAGGAAGGGCAGGACGUCCAUCCGGAGCAAAUCAGAGCAGUACUUUUGGACUCAGCUGGCCUCCAUGGGGUGAUGUAAUAAUGUAGGUGGCAAAUUACAAAAUGAAGUUGUUUUUCUAAGAAAGCGAAUCCCCCAGCAAAUGUAAUUUUGAAUUUCAUUUCCCAUUAGUUUAAUUAACUCCUACCUGAGGGCUAACUAGGAGAUUAGCCUGUAUCAGCAUUUCAGCAGGAAAUUAGCCCUCAAUCGCUGGCACCUUCAUUGACUGAAAAUCUGUAGCCAGCAGCCUUUCUCAUCAUUGAAAUAAUGUCCCCUUGUUUACUUAAAACACCAGGUGACAUUUGGGAAUCGGCUCAUAUGCCAUGUUAAUGGGCUCAAGAACAAUGACAGUGCAAGCAACUGUUUUGUUUCA